UUUGAACCCGGUGUCAAGUUAUCCUCUAAUGACGAUGUUCCAUCGCUCCCUCCCUUCUCUCCUCUCCGCGUGGCCGUGGGUGCACGUUCAGUCAACCCCAACUACAGCGGCGGGGAGCCCAAGCGGUCCCGCACCGCCUACACUCGACAGCAGGUCCUGGAGCUGGAGAAGGAGUUCCACUUCAACCGCUACCUGACCAGGAGGCGACGCAUCGAGAUCGCUCACACCCUGUGCCUCUCCGAGCGCCAGGUCAAGAUCUGGUUCCAGAACCGGCGCAUGAAGUGGAAGAAGGACCACAAGCUGCCCAACACCAAGAUGCGCUCCUCCAACCAGCCCUCGCUCGGCCAGCAGCAGGCCAAGGCACAGACACAGGGCCACCCCCGCCCGCUCGACGGGGCUGCACCCAACGCGGCCGCGCUAUAAGGGGGUUAUCGUUAUUUUUUUUUUUAAUAUAUAGAUCUCUAUUUACCUAUCUAUUGGGGUUGUGCGGCCGCCCGCGCUGGCGGCUGGCCCUUGGGACCACGCAACUGUGUAAAACAAAGCAGGAGCAGGGAAGGAGGACGAGACGUGCCCAGGGACGGGCACACGUUGAAACCAAAACCCGGACGAUUGCCUACAUUGUAUAUAGAUAAUGGUUCCAUGCCCAUCAUUUUUCU